UUUUCUUUGUGAAUCGUCCGGGGACGACAGUAGCUUCUUGCUUGAGUAAUUCUCUGUUCUUCUCUUCCCUUAUCCAUCAAUCAAUAUCAGCAAACCCUAAUCCAUGAUCGCACAAUUACUUUUUUCACUUUGAUCAACAGUCGGCAUAAGAAGAAAAAACCCUUGUCUCGAAAACCCUUGAAUCCAACCAUUUAUUGAUUGAUUCUCUUAAUUCAAUAAUCUGAUCGAUUUGCUUUGAUGCCAAUUGAUUAUAUGUAAUACUAAUCGUACAAUCAACGAUUCUAUCGGCUGUGUUUUUGUGGCCAAUGCUAUUUGUCAGGUUGAUUUCAGGAUGAAGUUGCGGAGAAGGAGGGCAUCAGAAGUGCCUCCCAAAAUUGGGUCCUUCAUCAAUGGUGUACUUGCUGCUCCGCUUGAAAGUAUCGAAGAUCCCUUGAAAAGCUUCUUCUGGGACUUUGACAAGGGAGACUUCCAUCACUGGGUUGAUCUAUUUAACCACUUUGAUACUUUUUUUGAGAAAUACAUAAAACCAAGGAAGGAUUUGCAAGUUGAGGAUGAUUUCUUGGAGCUUGAUCCUCCCUUCCCAAGGGAGGCUGUCCUGCAGAUUUUGCGUGUUGUAAGGAUAAUUUUGGACAACUGCACAAAUAAGCAUUUCUAUAGUUCCUAUGAGCAUCAUCUUUCUUCUCUGCUGGCUUCCACCGAUGCGGAUGUGGUUGAAGCCUGUCUACAAGCUUUAUCAUCUUUCUUAAGGAAAUCAAUUGGAAAACACAUCAUAAGAGAUACAUCUCUAAGUCCAAAGCUAUUUGCUUUUGCACAAGGUUGGGGUGGGAAGGAUGAAGGACUUGGGUUGGUUGCUUGUGCCGUAGAGGAUGUAUCUGACCCAGUAACUCAGGAGUUGGGCAGUACCCUCCAUUUUGAGUUCUAUGCGGUGAACGAUUCAUUGAAGGAAAACUUAGCUGCAGAACAGGCAACCGAAGGUUUACAGAUUAUCCACUUGCCUAAAGUCAAUACUUGCGAAAACUCUGAUAAUGAUCUCUGGCACAAGUUAGUUGAAGAGUAUAAAGUUCCUCGUGGUUUAAGAUUCUCCCUUUUGACAAAAUUGCGUUUUGCAAGAGCUUUCAGCUCCUUUGCUGGCCGACAACAGUACACGUGCAUUCGCUUGCAUGCGUUUAUAGUUCUUGUUCAAGCAUGUGGUGAUACUGAUGAUCUGGUCUCCUUUUUUAACACUGAGCCUGAGUUCAUCAAUGAAUUAGUCACUCUGCUGAGCUAUGAAGAUGCAGUCCCUGAAAAAAUUCGAAUAUUAAGUCUGUUUUCAUUGGUUGCUCUCUGUCAAGAUCGCUCUCGGCAGCCAACAGUGCUGUCUGCUGUAACGUCCGGUGGGCAUCGUGGCAUCCUAUCUAGCCUCAUGCAGAAGGCUAUUGAUGCCGUGGUUAGUAAAUCGUCUAAAUUUUCUGUGCUCUUUGCUGAGGCUCUGCUCUCCUUGGUCACUGUGUUAGUUUCGUCCUCAUCUGGCUGUUCUGCAAUGCGUGAAGCAGGGUUUAUACCGACCCUUCUGCCUCUUCUUAAAAACACAGAUCCUCAGCAUUUGCAUUUAGUCAGCACUUGUGUACAUGUUUUAGAAGCAUUUAUGGAUUACAGCAAUCCAGCUGCUGCUUUAUUUCGUGACCUUGGAGGAUUAGAUGAUACAAUUUUUCGACUGAAGGUAGAAGUUUCUCAUGUUGAAAAUGGCUCAAAGCAAGAAGGCACUUCUGUAGAGAUGGAUAGUUCUGAAUGUAGCAAUAGUCAAGUUGUUGCUGGUACAUCUUCUGAAUUGGAUAGUAUGCAACCUCUUUAUUCUGAAGCGUUGGUGUCAUACCACCGGAGGUCCCUGAUGAAAGCUUUACUGCGUGCUAUAUCCCUUGGGACGUAUGCUCCUGGAACCACUGCUCGUGUUUAUGGUUCCGAAGAAAGUCUGUUGCCACAUUGCUUAUACGCGAUCUUUAGAAAAGCUAAAGAUUUUGGUGGUGGCAUGUUUUCUCUAGCAGCAAUUGUCAUGAGUGAUCUCAUCCACAAAGACCCUACUUGUUAUUCAAUCUUAGAAGAAGCUGGUCUUCCAUCUGCGUUUUUAGAUGCUAUAAUGGAGAGUGUGCUCUGCUCUGCUGAAGCAAUAACAUGUAUACCUCAGUGUUUGGAUGCCUUGUGCCUUAGUAAUAGUGGCCUCCAGGCGGUGAAAGAUCGUAAUGCUUUGAGGUGCUUUGUGAAAAUAUUUACAUCAAGAAUGUAUGUACGUGUCCUUAUGGGUGAUACUCCAAGUUCAUUGUCUAGUGGUCUGGAUGAACUAAUGAGACAUGCUUCUUCCCUACGUGGGCAUGGGGUAGAUAUGUUGAUUGAGAUUUUGAAAACCAUCGAAAAGAUUGGAUCUGGACCUGAAGCGGCUUCAUCCACCACUGAAACUCCAAGCUAUUCUUCAGUUCCAAUGGAUACUGAUGUCCUUGAUAAGUUGGGGGAUAUCCCUGACUCGGGGCAGUGCAGCAAGAUUCAAAAUCCUGAGAAGCAUCCUGAGCCAUCUUCUGAUACAUCUUUGUUUAAUGUUGAGUCCUUUCUCCCUGAUUGUGUUAACAAUGUUGCUSGUCUGCUUGAAACRAUUCUUCAAAAUUCKGACACAUGYCGUAUAUUUGUUGAGAAAAARGGAAUUGAAGCUGUUMUGCAGUUAUUUACUUUGCCUYUGAUGCCUKCYUCWGUUUCURUUGGACAGAGCAUMUCUGUUGCUUUUAAGAGCUUCUCUCCACAUCAUUCUGCAUCYCUUGCUCGAGCAUUAUGUYUUUWCKUGAAAGARCWUUUGAARUCAACAAAUGAGCUACUGGCUUCUCUUGGUGGUAUGCAGCUUKCGCUGGUAGACGAGAUUAAAAGGACAAAGGUAUUGAGGUGYCUUUCUAGUCUUGAAGGUACAUUGUCKCUUUCAAAUUCUUUGUCGAARGGRACUACUAAUCUUGUGUCUGAACUGGGAACUUCUGAUGCGGAKGUGYUGAGAGAUCUUGGAGUUGCUUACAGGGAAAUACUCUGGCAAGUUUCUAUUUGUUGUGAUUCUAAAGUGGAUGAGAAGCAGAGUAAUGAAGCAGAGGCCGAAAAUGUUGAUGCUGCUGUUGGUGGUAAUGCUGAUACUGCCGCUGCUGCAAGUAACACUGUUGAAAGGGAAAGYGAUGAUGAUGCGAGCAUGCCGGUGGUGAGAUAUAUGAAYCCUGUUUCUGUUCGGAAUAGUUCACACCCCCACUGGGGUUUAGAGCGWGAYUUYGUUUCRGUUGUYAGAUCUGGUGAAGGCUUCAGUCGGCGCAGUCGACAUGGAUUAGCACGUAUACGAGGAGGAAGAACCGGUAGACAUCUUGAUGCAUUACAUAUUGAUCCUGAGGCCUCUGUGAGUAACAAUGAGACAAGUUCUUCCCAGGAUGUGAAGACAAAAAGCCCUGAGGUUCUUGUUAUGGAAAACCUUAACAAACUUKMUUCUACCAUACGUUCUUUYUUUACYACUCUUGUAAAAGGAUUYCCAUCAUCUAAUCGCCGGAGGGCUGAAGCUGCAUCACUAAGUACUGCUUCAAAGAACAUUGGGACAGCACUGGCGAAAGUUUUUCUUGAGGCACUUAGUUUUCCAGGGUACAGCGUGGGUUCUGGUCUUGGUACGUCAUUAACAGUGAAGUGCCAAUAUCUUGGAAAGGUUGUGGAUCAYAUGGCWGCRCUAACAUUUGAUAGUAGGCGUCGURUCUGCUAUACSGUAAUGRUAAAUAACUUCUAUGUCCAGGGGACCUUCAAGGAACUACUYAACACUUUUGAAGCUACAAGYCAGUUGCUAUGGACAUUGCCUUAUUCUGCUUCRACWKCUGGUGKURAYCAUGAAAARGRUGAAAGAAGCAAAUUGUCUCACAGUACAUGGUUACUUGACACGUUACAGAGCUACUGUCGUCUUCUAGAGUUUUUUGUUAACUCUACCUAUCUUUUGUCUCCAACCUCCACACUUCAAGCUCAGUUGCUUGUACAGCCUGUGGCUGUUGGCUUGUCAAUUGGGUUGUUUCCUGUWCCUCGAGAUCCYGAARUGUUUGUUCGUAUGCUGCAAUCKCAGGUUCUGGAUGUCAUYCUUCCUGUCUGGAACCAYUCUAUGUUUCCUGGUUGUAAUCCUGSAUUCRUUACUACAAUUGUGACACUUGUCACCCAUAUAUAUUGUGGUGUUGGUGAUGCAAAACGAAGUCRMAKURGUGGGUCUGGGGGUGCUAAYCAGAGGUUCAUGCCUCCACCUGAUGAAGCCACUAUUUCUACCAUUGUAGAGAUGGGAUUUACGAGGGCAAGGGCAGAAGAAGCGUUAAGACGUGUUGAAACGAAUAGUGUCGAGAUGGCCAUGGAGUGGUUGUUCAGUCAUGCCGAAGAUCCUGUGCAGGAGGAUGAUGAAUUGGCAAGAGCACUUGCUUUAUCUCUAGGAAACUCAUCAGAAACUUCUAAAGUUGAUAGCACAGAAAAAUUGGCUGAUGUCCAAACAGAAGUGGCAGAGGCAAAGACACCGCCCAUAGAUGACAUUCUUGCUGCGACGAUGAAAUUGUUUCAAAGUAGUGAUUCAAUGGCUUUCCCGUUGACAGAUUUGCUUGUCACCUUCUGCAGUAGGAAUAAAGGAGAAGAUCGCCCAAAAGUGAUAUCGUAUCUUAUUCAACAGCUGAAACUCUGCCCACUCGAGGCUUCAAAGGAAACCAGUACACUCUGUAUGAUAUCACACACAUUGGCAUUGCUUCUUGCUGAAGAUGUUACCGCUAGAGAAAUUGCUGUGAAGAAUGGCAUUGUCUCCAUAGCAAUUGAUAUCUUGAUGAAGUUCUUGGUAGAAAUCGAGUCACAAAAUGAACUUUUGGUACCAAAAUGCAUCAGUGCUCUGCUUCUUAUCUUGGACAAUCUGUUGCAUACGAGGCCCAACUUCUCUUGUGACAGUAAGGAAGGAACACAAGCAGGAUCUUUACCUGAUCCGAGGCAAGAACAAGCAUCUCUUUCAGUUCCUCAGGAAGGUAUUGAAGAGAAACCUACUCCAGUUAGUGUGGAUAAAGAAAAAGGCAGUGCAUUUGAAAAGAUAUUUGGAAAAUCUACUGGUUAUCUGACUGUUGAAGAGGGUAAUAGGGUACUGACUGUUGCCUGUGAUCUGAUCAAACGACAUGUUCCUGCUAUGGUCAUGCAGGCAGUUCUUUUGUUAUGUGCUCGCUUGACCAAAACACACGCUCUGGCUUUGCAGUUUCUUGAAAAUGGAUGUAUGAUUGAUCUUUUCAGUAUACCAAAGACUUGCUUCUUCCCUGGAUAUGACACAGUAGCUUCUGCCAUCAUUCGACAUCUCAUUGAAGAUCCUCAGACACUACAAACAGCAAUGGAAUUGGAGGUACGGCAAGCUCUAAGUGGGAGCCGUCAUGCUGGUCGUGUUCCUCCRCGAGUAUUUUUGACAUCUAUGGCUCCUCUUAUUUCUAGAGAUCCCGAGGUCUUCAUGAAAGCGGCGACAGUCGUAUGUCAAGUGGAAACCACUGGAGGGAGAACUGUUGUAUUAUCCAAAGAAAAGGAGAAAGAGAAGGAGAAAUCAAAAGCACCUGGUGUUGAAAUUGGAGCAUCUUCUACUGAAUGUGCUCGUGUACCAGAAAAUAAAUCUCAAGAUGGGCCAACGAAGUGUGGCAAGGGUCAGAAGAAGAUUCCUGCUAAUCUCACCCAGGUCGUUGAUCACCUGCUUGAAAUUGUCUUGAAAUAUUCUUCAUCGAAUCCUGAGGAAGAUUGCACUAGAUCUGCUAAUGCCAUGGACGUAGACGAGUCUGCUGCUAACAAGGGUAAAACGAAGGUGGAUGAUACAAGGAUAGAAUUGGACAGUCUUUCAGAAAGAUCAGCAGGGUUAGCUAAGGUGACUUUUGUCCUCAAGUUGCUKAGUGAUAUUCUUCUGAUGUAUGUACAUGCAGUUGGAAUAAUUCUGAAACGUGAUCUGGAGAUGUGUCAACAUCGGGGACAUAAUCAGCUGGAAUAUCCUGGACACGGUGGGAUAGUGCACCAUGUUAUGCAUCAACUUCUCCACCCUUGUAUGGAUAAGUCUUCUGGGAAUGGAUCUGAUGAAUGGAGAGGGAAAUUAUCAGAAAAAGCUUCAUGGUUUUUGGUGGUUUUAUGUGGUCGCUCAAGCGAAGGGCGUAGGCGUGUGAUAAAUGUACUUGUUAAAGCUUUGUCUUCGUUUGCAAACUCAGCCAACAAUUCAUCUAAGCACAGUUUAUUGCCAGAUAAAAAGGUCACUGCUUUUGUAGAUUUGGUUUAUUCAAUUUUGUCAAAAAAUUCAUCGUCCGGCAAUGUACCUGGUUCUGGAUGCUCCCCAGAUAUAGCUAAAGGAAUGAUUGAUGGAGGAAUGAUUCCAUGCCUAUCCAGUAUUCUUCAGGUGCUAGAUCUAGACCAUCCUGAUGCCCCAAAAGUUGUAAAUAUCAAUCUUAAAUCUUUGGAAGCCUUAACACGGGCUGCCAAUGCUGUGGAACAACUUACAUUAUCUGAUUUGGCCAACAAGAAAAAGUCUGUUGGUUUGAGUACGAGAUCUGAUAAUCAGAUGAUUAAUACUCCAGUUGAUCAGAUACCAGUGGGUAAUCGUAGCAGUAGUCAACAUGAGAUCACAGGCACUGAUGAUGCUGAGCAACAUCAUGAAGAAACAACUCAAGUUGAAGGUGGUCACCAAGCAAAUAUAAACCAGCCGGCAGAGCAGGAGCUGAGAAAUGAAAUGGACGAAACUGAGAAUGCAAAUCAUUCUGUGGAGCUGGGGAUGGGUUUCAUGCAUGAAGAGAUGGAAGAUGGCGGUGUUUUACGGGAUUCUGAUCAAAUUGAGAUGACAUUUCAUGUUGAGAGUAGGGAAGGCGAUAAUACUGGUGAUGAAGAUGAUGACAUGGGAGAUGAUGGUGAGGAGGAUGAGGAUGAUGAUGAUGGUGAUGACGAGGAUGAGGAUAUAGCUGAGGAUGGUACUGCUUUGAUGUCCCUAGCUGACACGGAUGUGGAGGACCAUGAUGAAACUGGCUUGGGAGAUGAAUAUAAUGAUGAUAUGGUUGAUGAAGAGGAUGAUGAUUACCAUGAAAAUCGUGUUAUUGAGGUAAGAUGGAGGGAGGCCCUUGAUGGGGUACUUGGGCAACCAGGAGCUGAUAGUGGRCUUAUUGACAUUGCUGCAGAGCCCUUUGAAGGGGUGAAUGUGGAUGACCUUUUUGGCCUUCGAAGACCUCUAGGCUUUGAUCGCCGUCGUCAGCAGAGUAGAACCUCAUUUGAGAGAUCUGGUACAGAGGCGAAUGGUCUGCAGCAUCCUCUUCUAUUGAGACCAUCACAGUCUGGUGACUUGGGUUCAGUGUGGUCAUCAGGUGGCAACUCAUCUCGGGAUUUAGAAUCAUUGUCUGGUGGGAACUUUGAUGUUACCCAUUUCUAUAUGUUUGAUUCUCCUGUUCUUCCCUUCGAUCAUGUACAAUCUACCGUAUUUGGUGACAGAGUUGGAGGUGCAGCGCCACCACCACUGGCUGAUUUUUCUGUGGGUUUGGAGUCAUUGCGUGCAUCUGGACGAAGAGGACCCGGAGAUGGCCGUUGGACUGAUGAUGGGCAACCACAAGCAGGUGGUCAGGCUGCUGCUAUUGCACAGGCCGUAGAAGAGCAGUUCAUGUCUCAGUUACGCGGUACUGCUCCUUCAUCCAGUUCUGCUGAAAGGCCUAAUUUUAAUUCAGGAUCUUUAGGGAGACAAUCAGAUUCCCCCUUAGGCAAUGAUAAUCAUUUGGCAGCAGAGGGUGUGGAUAGUGAUGCUCUGCAGAAUGAAGGUCGGCAUGGUGAGAAUGAUCAAAAUACUCUCCAUCAACAGCUUAAUGAAAUGGUUGAAAAUGUUGCCAGUCAGGAACAAGUUCAGCCUAAUAUGGUUGUGGAACAAAUGGGAGAACAACAAGCACAAGGGCCCUGCCCUGAUGUUGUAAAUAAUGCACACGAUGGUCAUGAUAACAUGGAACUUGGAGAAGGAAAUGGGAGUGUGAAUGAGCUUCAGGAGUUGUCAGCAACUGAAGACGUGGCGAGUAAUCAUCUGGUAAUUGCAACUGAUGAUGUGCCCAAUUCUGGUGAUCAUCAUGCUAUAGUUACUGGAAAUGACGAUGUUGAUAUGAAUGCUGAUUCUGAAGCAAAUCAAGGAGGGGAUCCCUUGCCUUCGAUCGCUGUCAUAGAGGAAUCAUCAUCUGGACAGAACACUCGGAUUGCCCAGGUCAAUGGUCAAACUGGUCAAUCAGAUGAAACAGAUGCAACUAUUGUGGCCCCAAAUGCAAAUGGCAUAGAUCCAACCUUCUUGGAGGCACUACCUGCAGAUCUGAGGGCAGAAGUACUUGCUUCACAACAAGCUCAAUCUGCCCCAGCUCCGGUUUCUGCUCCUGCUACAGCUGAAGACAUUGAUCCAGAAUUUUUAGCCGCUCUUCCUCCAGACAUCCAAGCCGAAGUUUUAGCACAACAACGUGCACAGAGGGUUGCACAUCAGGCUGAAGGGCAACCUGUGGACAUGGAUAAUGCUUCAAUUAUAGCUACUUUUCCAGCGGAUUUGCGCGAAGAGGUGCUAUUGACGUCUUCAGAGGCAGUUCUUUCAGCAUUGCCCUCUCCGUUGCUUGCCGAAGCACAAAUGCUCAGGGAUAGAGCUAUGAGUCACUAUCAGGCCCGUAGCUUGUUUGGAAGUAGCCACAGAAUCGAUAACCGUAGAAACGGAUUGGGAUUUGAUAGGCAGACAGUAAUUGAUAGGGGUGUUGGCGUUACAAUAGGACGAAGAACAUCUUCUGCUCUUCUAGAAAGCUUGAAAAUGAAGGAAGUUGAGGGGGAGCCCCUUUUAGAUCCUGGUGCUUUGAAAGCGUUGAUCAGGCUUCUACGACUAGCACAGCCCCUUGGGAAAGGCCUUCUGCAAAGACUUUUCCUAAACUUAUCUGCUCAUAGUCGUACAAGGGCAAUCCUUGUUUUUUUGCUACUGGACAUGAUCAAGAUGGAAGCUGAAGGUCCUGUAAGUGGAUUGACAGUAGUAAAUUCUCAGAGGCUUUAUGGGUGUCUGUCUAAUGUUGUUUAUGGCCGAUCACAGCUCUUAGAUGGUCUCCCGCCGCUAGUCCUGCGUCGGGUCCUUGAGAUUUUGACGUACUUGGCUACAAAUCAUUCUUCUGUUGCUAAUUUGCUGUUCUACUUUGAUUCUUCACUUGUUCCGGAGUCCUUGAAUCUCAAAUACCAUGAUAGGAGGAAUGAUAAGGGAAAAGAGAAGGUUGUUGAAGGAAGAGACAUCUCUCAUCCUGUUGGAUUGGAGGGUAAUAUUCCUGUAUUAUUGUUUGUAAAGCUCUUGAAUCAAUCGCUUUUCCUUCGCAGUAUUGCUCAUCUCGAACAGGUCAUGGGACUGCUUCAAGUUGUUGUAUACACUGCUGCUUCAAAGUUAGAUUGCCAAUCGCAUGCUGAACAAGCAGUGACCAGUUCCCAAGGUCUGCCUGGCAAUGAAGCUGCUGAUCAUCCUCAGGGAGAUUCUUUCUCGGCAGGAGCAGAACCUAGUCAGAAUGAUAAAAGUGUCAGUGAUGGAUUAUCUACGUCAGAUGACCAAAAAAGUGUCAACAUGUAUGACAUCUUCAUGAAGCUACCACAAACUGAUCUACAUAAUCUAUGCAGCCUCCUUGGCCAUGAGGGGCUAUCAGAUAAAGUUUACCUGCUUACUGGGGAAGUUCUGAAGAAGUUGGCCUCAGUUGCUGCCUCGCAUCGAAAAUUCUUCAUUGUGGAGCUUUCAGAUUUAGCUCAUAGUCUAAGCAGUUCAGCCAUCCGAGAACUUAUCACACUGAAAAACACUCAAAUGUUGGGUCUGAGUGCCGGAUCCAUGGCUGGGGCUGCUGUUCUAAGAAUCCUGCAGACACUUAGCUCUCUCACUGUACCUGAUAUUGAUGGCAGUAAGGGUGUGAAAAGUGGUGACAAUCAGGAGCAUGUUACCAUGUGGAAAUUAAAUGUUUCACUUGAGCCUUUGUGGCAAGAAUUGAGCGAGUGUAUAAGUGUGACAGAGACGCAGUUGACACAAGGCUCCUUUUCUUUGGUUAUUUCAAAUGCCAACGCGGCCGAGCAUGUUCAGGGCUCUUCAUCUCCUCCUCUCCCACCUGGAACUCAGAGGCUUUUGCCCUUCAUUGAGGCCUUUCUGGUCCUGUGUGAAAAGCUUCAAGCAAACAAUUCUCUUCUGCAGCAAGAUGAUGCCACCUAUGCAACCGCAACGGAAGUUAAGGAGAUCUCCGGGAAUUCAUCACCUAGUGGGGUGAGGAUUGAUGGUGCUGUGACAUUUGCUCGGUUCGCUGAGAAACAUCGGCGGCUUUUGAAUGCCUUUAUCAGGCAAAAUCCUGGCUUAUUGGAGAAGUCACUUUCUAUGAUGCUGAAAGCACCGCGGUUAAUUGACUUUGACAACAAAAGAGCGUAUUUCCGUUCUAGAAUUAGGCACCAACAUGAUCAACACUUAACUGGACCGCUGAGGAUAAGUGUUCGACGAGCAUAUGUGUUGGAAGAUUCCUACAAUCAGUUGCGGAUGCGACCCAGUCAGGACUUAAAAGGUCGUUUAAAUGUUCAUUUUCAAGGUGAAGAGGGUAUCGAUGCGGGUGGUUUGACAAGAGAAUGGUAUCAAUUGUUGUCGAGGGUAGUAUUUGACAAAGGAGCUUUGCUUUUUACAACUGGAGGAAACAAUGCAACCUUCCAGCCAAACCCUAAUUCUGUUUAUCAAACAGAGCAUCUUUCUUACUUCAAAUUUGUGGGCCGUGUGGUUGCUAAAGCUCUGUUUGAUGGGCAACUGUUGGAUGUUUACUUCACCCGUUCCUUCUAUAAACAUAUCCUCGGUGUGAAGGUAACAUAUCAUGAUAUAGAGGCUGUUGAUCCUGAUUAUUAUAAGAACUUGAAGUGGUUGUUGGAGAACGAUGUAAGUGAUAUACUGGACCUGACAUUUAGCAUGGACGCCGAUGAAGAAAAGCACAUCCUUUAUGAGAAAACAGAGGUUACUGAUUACGAGCUCAAACCGGGUGGACGGAAUAUAAGGGUAACAGAAGAAACAAAGCACGAGUAUGUGGAUCUCGUUGCUGAACAUAUACUUACAAAUGCGAUACGACCUCAAAUUAAUUCCUUUUUGGAGGGUUUUAACGAGUUGAUACCGCGUGACCUCAUUUCUAUUUUCAACGAUAAAGAGCUUGAGCUGCUGAUUAGUGGACUUCCGGAAAUCGAUUUGGAUGAUCUGAAGGCCAACACUGAAUAUACCGGAUACACAGUUGGUUCUAUUGUUGUUGUGUGGUUUUGGGAAGUUGUAAAAGCAUUUAACAAGGAAGAUAGGGCGAGAUUGCUUCAAUUUGUGACGGGUACAUCAAAGGUUCCGUUGGAAGGUUUUAAAGCAUUGCAAGGUAUAUCCGGUCCACAAAGAUUUCAAGUUCACAAAGCUUAUGGAGCUCCCGAGAGGCUGCCGUCAGCUCAUACUUGUUUCAACCAAUUAGAUCUUCCUGAAUACCCGUCAAAGGAACAUCUUCAGGAGCGAUUACUACUUGCUAUCCACGAAGCUAGUGAAGGGUUCGGGUUUGGAUAGUGAUAUAAAUCUGGCUGCUUCACAUUGUAGUGUCCCAUUUCAGCCAUUGCUAUGUUAUGUAAAUAAUGAACAUCAAUUUGAAGACGCAAGAAGAUGGAUCACGCCGAACAAGCAUUUUUGGGUCAUACUCGUAGCAUGGGAAUGCAAUGCGGUCUUAUGGGUUAUAAAAAAAGAUUAAAUUUGAAGAUUCCGCAGGCUGGCUUCGUGUAAAUCGUAGCUGUUUUCGGUUGAUAGCAAACAACCAGCUGAACCCAAAAGCUUGCAUGGAGUAGUUUGGGGAUAUGUUUGCCAUGUGUUUUAUGGUAAAUUAUAUGGGUAUGAAAUUUGUUGUGAAGUGGGUUCAUAGUGAUUUUAUGUUUAUUGAAAAAGGUCAAGAAUAAGUUUUGUGGUCAUGAAGAAAAAAUAACCACCACUUCCUGGUGUUGUUUGGAUUUGUUGGAAUUAUAGCGAACGAAUAAAGAAAAUACAUCGUUUCGGUUUAUGGGAUUUGAUACGUUUGAAAACGAGUUUUGGAUC